AUACUGAUAAUAAUCUUUUAUUUUAUGGCUCUCUCCUCUGUUCUUCCCUCCUGUCCUCCAAUCUGGCCGUCGUUAAACGCGUUAACGCGUCGCCUUGUCUCGUCUUUGUGGGUUACCACUACAUAUAACCCUCCCUUUCUGUCUUCAUAUUGGCAGGUGCUGAAAAUAUUAUCGCCCAUUAUUUCCUCUGCAUCUGUACUCUCUUUUACCUAAUCCAAACAAGAAAAAUUUUACUGGUUUAGAAACGAGAAGCAACGUAUCAGAAUCAAGAACAUGUCCUUAUUGGAGGAGGAGCUAUUCCCGUCGACUCCUGGCAAGUUCAAGAUCGACCGUGGACACACUAUGAGUCGUCAUUUCCAUCGUUGUUUUGCCUCUACAAGCACCAUGUUCUUGUGGGCUCUUUUCUUGAUUGCUUUGACCGCUUCCUACUUGAGUUUCCAGAGCUUUAUCGAUUCCGGUAGCAAGUACUUCUCCGCUUCUUGGGGCGGUAUACAGUGGGAGAAACAAGUCCGGAAUUCUGCCCAGAUCCAACGCUCCGGCGGCAUGUCUGUUCUCGUCACCGGAGCCGCUGGAUUCGUUGGUACCCACGUGUCUUUAGCGCUCAAGAAACGCGGAGAUGGCGUCAUUGGACUCGAUAAUUUUAACAACUAUUAUGAUCCGUCGUUGAAGAGAGCCCGCAAAUCUCUCCUUAACAAACGCGGCAUCUAUAUCGUCGAAGGUGAUGUAAAUGACGCGCGGCUUUUAACCAAGUUGUUUGAUGUGGUGGCUUUCACUCAUGUGAUGCACUUGGCGGCUCAAGCCGGAGUCAGAUACGCCAUGAAGAAUCCUCACUCGUAUGUUCAUUCCAAUAUAGCCGGAUUGGUCACGCUUCUUGAGGUUUGCAAAUCGGCUAAUCCUCAGCCGGCUAUUGUUUGGGCUUCGUCAAGCUCCGUUUACGGCUUGAACGAAAAGGUUCCUUUCUCUGAAUCUGAUCGGACGGACCAACCGGCGAGUCUCUACGCGGCUACGAAAAAGGCAGGUGAAGAAAUCACCCACACUUACAACCACAUUUACGGUCUCUCAGUUACUGGGUUAAGAUUUUUCACCGUGUAUGGUCCUUGGGGACGACCCGACAUGGCUUAUUUCUCGUUCACGAGAAAUAUUUUACAGGGGAAACCCAUCCCGAUAUAUCGGGGCAAAAACGGGGUGGACUUGGCCCGAGAUUUCACCUUCAUUGAUGACAUAGUAAAAGGUUGCGUGGGUUCUUUGGAUACUGCGGGAAAGAGUACCGGGUCUGGCGGCAAGAAGCGGGGACCCGCACAAUAUCGGAUCUUCAAUCUCGGGAAUACGUCACCGGUUACGGUACCGACACUGGUAAGUAUAUUGGAGAAGCACUUGAAGAUGAAAGCGAAGAGGAAUAUCGUGGAUAUGCCAGGAAACGGCGACGUACCAUUCACUCAUGCGAAUAUUAGCUUGCCCCGAAGAGAACUCGGGUACAAACCCACAACCGAUUUGCAAACUGGAUUGAAGAAGUUCGUUAAGUGGUAUCUCGCGUAUUACGGCUACAAUCGCGGAAAAGUUGUAAAUUAACUUUUUUUUUUUUUCCUUUUAAUCUCUUUUGGGUUUUUCGUUUAUAGGGAUCUUUAUUUUCCCAAUUUUCAAAAAAUGAAAGUUAAAUGGAACCUAAAAAUCAAGGAAAAAAUAGUAAAAAAAAACAUUAUUCUUUA